CCAAUCGGCGUCCCGGAAGGAGCGCGUUUCGGCGUCUGAGCCAGUGAAUGACAGCAGCGCCGCCCGCCGGUCGCGGCCGCGGCCCCGCCGGUGUCCCGAGCCUCCUGUCAGCGAGCCCCUCAGCUAGGCGAGCGGCGUGCGUCCCCGCGUGUCCGUGGCCCGGCGGGCUCUCCCCGCUCUCCCCGGCCCCUGCCCAGCUGUCCCUCCGCUGCCGGCGCCAUGGGCAGCGAGCAGAGCGCGGAGGCCGAGAGCCGCCCCGGCGAUCUGAACGCCUCAGUGACCCCAUCUCCAGCUAAACAUCGGGCCAAGAUGGAUGAUAUCGUGGUUGUAGCACAGGGCUCUCAGGCCUCCAGGAAUGUCAGCAAUGAUCCUGAUGUCAUCAAGCUGCAAGAGAUCCCAACCUUCCAGCCCCUUUUAAAAGGGCUCUUGAGUGGACAGACGUCCCCAACAAAUGCCAAACUGGAGAAGCUGGACUCUCAGCAGGUGUUGCAGCUCUGCCUACGGUACCAAGAUCACCUGCAUCAGUGUGCAGAAGCAGUUGCUUUUGAUCAGAAUGCUCUAGUCAAGCGAAUCAAAGAGCUGCCUCCAGGUCCUUGCUUGAAUUUCUGCCCUAACAUCACUCAGUGCUGGGCUGUGACACGGAAAAUGGAUCUGUCCGUGGAAACCCUCUUUUGCUUCAUGCAGGAGCGCCAGAAAAGAUACGCCAAGUAUGCGGAGCAGAUCCAGAAGGUUAACGAGAUGUCGGCCAUACUGCGCCGCAUCCAGAUGGGCAUCGACCAGACGGUGCCACUAAUGGAGAGGCUGAACAGCAUGCUGCCCGAGACCGAGCGCCUGGAGCCCUUCAGCAUGCGGCCUGAGCGGGAGCGGCACUAGCAGGCACCUGCCCCGCUGGCCGCAACUCCUCCAGCCUCCUCUUGUCCUAAUGUUUGCUUAGAUGCGGUUGACCGACACCCGACUUUCCCAGGUGGUCGUUCAUGAUUCCCUUAGUUGGGACAGCUGAAUUCCUAUGAGUUCUUUAAAGAACAUUGCCUCCAGAGUUAUUUUUAUUUUGCUCAGAUUUUUUUUAAUUAAAAGUUUAUAUAGACUAGCUCCUGCAAUGAAACUGGAGAAAACGUUAAGAAACGGUGUUCUCCUUUGCACCCGUGAGACUCCUGCUUCUCAGGGUUGUGGUCAUAAAUAUAAGAUCUAAGUCCAGUUUCUGACCCCAUGAAAGCUGCCAUCACAUCAGGGAACUGUCUGGCAGUGUCCUCCUCCCCUCCCGGAACACUGCCUCGGUUUCCAGGUACGGUGCCCCUCCCUCCUGUGGGCCGCUGUUGUCGUCUGUUAGAAGGGCCUUCCUAUAUGGAGUUCAGCCUUCUGUGACCGUGGGCAGACCUCGGCCUCCGUAACAAGGUCUGCACCAACAUUUGAUCGUACCCUCCAGUGGUGGUCUUUCGCUCACUCCAGACCCGCUGAGCUCCCUGAUGCUCCAGGGACAUGAAAAGGGCUGUAGCCUCUGCCUUCCACUGUCCGCUGUGGACCAUGAAGCUGAGGAAAGAACUUCUGCCCAUCUCAGGAGUUCAAGGAAGAAAGGCCCAAGGGAAGCGGGGUGGAAUGAAUGCGGGACAGGCCUGAAGAGAAGAGCUGGGGUCUGAAGAGAUGGGGCUGGAGCCUGCAGCCGCUACCGUGCUCCCUGUAUUCCUCCAGAACCCGGAGUAUCAGGAGCCAGAAGAGCCUUCAGUGUUUUUAUAAGAUUAAAAUUAAUCUGCUUAAUUUAUUGUGUAACAGCUAAA